AUGACACAACCGGCUUAUAUUCGAUCGGGCUCUGAGUCUACAUUUCCAUCAGCAUCAGAUGAUGCCAGUCGAAGAAACUCCAUUGAGGUCGCCGGAUUAAGAGAAAAACCUUUGGUAGCACUGGUCGUUUGCUUAGGAUUUCUAGCUUUUCUCGCCGUUUUCCUUCUAAUUAUGAACAUAAUGAUCAUUCUCUCACUGCAAAUGGACCAUCAUGGAAUGAAGUUCCUCAGGUUUCACACCAUUCUUGAUAAGAAGACAGGUGAAAUUGAAAAAGUAGUGGAAUUCAAUGGCAACGACAUUGAUUUGGGAACUGUAAUAACGAAUGGUCAAGUAGUUGGGUAUCAUGAGGGCAAUAUUGAAAUAUCUGGAUCACGGCUUUUGAUAUCUGGCGAAGAAGACAGUGCACGCUUCAUAUUACAAGAUAACAGUUGUAAAUACCAAAACAUUGAUGAAUUUCAAGUGCUCAUGACGUCCACGAACCGAACCAUUUUCAGUGCCCAAAACCCUUUGAUUACCAUAGAUGAGAGAAUAAAGAAAAUUUCAACAAGCAAGAUAAUAACAAAUAAAAUAAGAGCUCCAAUUGAUGAAGAUCUGAACAUAUCAGUUGAAAAUCUGUCUAUUCGAGGGAAUGAGGGUAUCCGUAUGGAAUCAAGAAGUAAUGAAAUAAGUGCGAGUACGCAAAUUGCAUUAAACACUUCGAGAGAUGGAGCUAUUAGGUUCUCGGGCCAAGUAGUAUUUGGAUCAUCAGCGAAGAGUUUACCUUUGUCACCUUCUCCUGCUUUGGCAGCUUCUAUUGAUGCUUUCCGUGUUUGUGUGUGUCACGGAUCGAAACCUCGUCUGUACUUGACUCCAGGGAACAAACCAUGUAUAGCUUCAACAGAUAUAUGCGGUUAA